UAAUCAUGCAACUUAAAUUAAAUAGCUUCCAAAAACACUAUCGACAAUGAAUUAAUUACACUAAUAAUAGCCAACAAAGUUUCCACGUUUAAGAAUAAAGCUCCGGGCACUGCUGUGCCUGUGCCUGUUUUCCAUAUCCCGAUAUCAGUAAUCAGCAUUCCACCACCAUGAAGCGCUUGCGAAUCACCGGCGGCUUGGGUGUGGCGGCGAUAUCCUACGUGGCGGUGGACUAUCUCCGCAUCAUAUCUCCGACAUGGCACGAUCGUCUGCAGCCAGCUCUUUGGUCGGUGCUGGCUUUAACUGCAAUCUCUCGUGUCCCUUUUUACAAGCACUGGUCAUCCGAGAUUGGCGCUGCUAUUCCGUUCGUGGGUUCCAUGAUUUUGAUGCUCUUGUGUCUUCUCUUUGAAGCUCUUUGUGUUCGCUUCUCCACUGCUGUUCUUGGCCUUGACUGGCACCGAGAUGCACUGCCUCUUCCUGACACUGGCCAGUGGUUUCUUCUCUCACUCAAUGAGAAACUUCCUGAAGCAAUGGUGGAGAUCCUGAGAGCUCAUAUUAUCGGAUUGCACCACUACCUGAUGUUGUUUGUGAUACUGGCAUUCUCUGUGCUGUUCGACUCUGUACAAGCCCCUGGUCUUGGACUAGGAGCACGGUACAUGUUCACUAUGGCAAUUGGACGUUUUCUUCGGGCAAUAACUUUUGUCUCUACGAUUCUUCCAUCUAAUCGACCUUGGUGUGCUGCUUCUCGAUUUGGAGUUCCAGCAUAUCCUCAUCACUGGGCUCAAAAGUAUUAUGUUCCUUAUGCUUCAGAUCCUAGUGCAAUUCGCCAGAUAAUACAACAGGAUAUAGCUUAUGCUGAUACUGGCAAACUCCUGCCUGAUUACCGUCCCGAUUGGGGUUCGAUGAAUUUCCUGAUAGAUUUCUUAAGACCUACCACAGAAGCGUCAUGGUUCAGUAUUCUGACAAAAGCUGGAGGUGGCUGCAAUGACCUUAUAUACAGUGGCCACAUGCUUGUCGCUGUGCUAACAGCUAUGGCUUGGACGGAAGCUUAUGGAGGUUUUAGCUCAGCUAUCAUAUGGAUGCUCGUCAUACACAGUGCGCAGAGAGAAAUACGGGAACGCCACCAUUACACGGUAGACUGUAUCGCGGCUAUAUACGUAGGAAUCCUUCUGUGGAAGAUUACGAGUUGUAUCUGGCCGAAUAAGGAUGUCGCUAGAAGUAGAAAGCUGUCGACGUUUGAGAGAAUUGAGAGUAGGCUAGUUCAAGCUGCGAAAGACUCGGACAUGGAAGAAGUGAGGGAGCUUCUGAAGGAGGUGGAGUUGAGCAAGCAGGGGAAUCAGAAGAAGGGGCAAAGCAAGACAAUGUGGUUGUUUGCCGGUGUCACCAUUUUCUCUUCUCUUACCGUUGUCUUUCUAGCCUUUACAUUGACGGCUGAUGGCUGAUGGCUGAGCUUUAUCUAACUCCAUUCCACUCUCAUGAAUUGUAUUUGUUUGUGAUUUUGUAUUGUUUUAAGAUUUACCACUUGAUUUUGUUUUUGAACCAAUUCCCCAAAGCAACAAUGACAGACAUUUUCCACUUCUAUGAAAUGCCAUGGUUAUAAUA